AUGAACAACGGUGUAUACGAGCUGAUAAUGCUCUUGAAGACUACCGUUAUUGCCAAGCCCAAGCUGCUGACCACAUCUCUCCUCUUUUGGAACUUGGAGACAAAUACUUUUGAUCUCAGGAUGGGUCUUAUGUCCUUGACGAUCCUAAAUAUGGCCCAAGUCUUCAAGCUGAGGCCAUUGGGCAGAGUUGUGGAUGUUACCCACGAUUGGUCUCAUUUUUCCUAUUCGAUCGUAGAAAGCUCGAGUAGCUCUGCCCCAUUUCUUCAAAUAGAGUCUAACUCCUCAACCUUCAAGAGUUAUGGGACCUCAUUUACAGGCUUCAGCCCGUUUGCGAAUAAGAGUUUUGGCCCAACCUCCUUCACUGCCAACAGAGAUCAAGAGCACAUGUACUUUUUAUUGUACUGGCUCAACAAACAUGUUUUUCCCAAUAAAUCUAAGGAAAUGAAGGUCGAAUGGAUCCCUCUAGUGGAAGCUCUUCACAACUUUGAUGACAUGGCAACGGGCCCCUUCAUUCUCUUUCAUCUCUACCAUCUUCUCUUCGAGAUGACUCGGGGAAAACCAUUGAAACUAACCUCAAUAGGCCAACCUGGAUGGUCUAAUUAUAGUUGCAAUGAGAUAGACAUCGGGCAAGAUGAAGAUGCUGCAGACGCCUUUGUCCUCCAAGAAGCUGCGGCUAAGGCAGAGGGACAAGGUGCUAGGCAGGCCAAGGUUGGAACAGCUGCAUCCUUAGUCGGGCAAAGCUCUACUUCUAUUCCUUCAACUUCUUCUCCUUUGGUGGUGGCUCCGACUUCCCAGUUUGACCUAUCAAAUGGGGAGAUGCUGCACUUUGUGGAAGACGACAGUAAUCCGCCAUCCCCAGGGCAGAAGCUUCAUCAACCAGCAGCAACAGCCUUUUGGGAACCUAUAGUUCUUGUGAUCCCCGUGGUCUCGAAGGUACCUAGCCCGAGGGCUUCUUGGCCUGCUUCUACUGAUGCAGCCGUGGCAUCAGAAAUGUCUAUCUCCCAACCUCGGGCCUUUGGUGAAGGCUCGGGCAAUAUUUCUCCCUCUCCAGCAAGCAAUGAUGAUUCCCUUUAUCAACCAAGGGAACCAACUCCUCCUCAUUCCAAGGAUCUAAGUUCAACUCAGGGUCUUGGAGAAGGCUCGGGCCAGUCUCCUCCACCCUUGAAAUCCAGUUUGUUACACCAUAUUCCAAAAUUCCAUGGCUUGUCUAUGGAAGACCCCAACAAACACUUGAAGGAGUUCGAGGUGGUUUGUUCGAGCAUGACCCCCGUCACUGUGGAUGGGAGUAUAUUGAAGAUGAAGGCCUUUCCCUUUUCACUUAUGGACAAGGCCAAAGAUUGGCUCUAUGAACUAGCCCCGGAAACUGUGACUUCGUGGGAGAGUAUGAAGCGUGCUUUCUUGGAGAAAUUCUUCCCUACUUCGAGAGUGAUUCUCCUACGGAAGAAAAUUAGUGGUAUUCAACAGAAUCAUGGUGAGACAUUCCCGGCUUAUCAUGAGCGCUUCAAGGGCCUUGUAGCUUCAUGUCCUCAACAUCAAAUGAAGGAGGAACUUCUCCUUCAAUAUUUCUAUGAGGGCCUCCUUCCUAUCGAACGUCAAAUGCUUGAUGCCUCAGCGGGAGGAGCAUUGGUGGACAAAACACCAAGGGAUGCCAAGAUUAAUAUGCCCAAUGUACCUUUUCCUCGCAGGUUCAUGCAAGAAAAAAAGGAAGAAAGCGAGAAGGACAUUUUUGAAACGUUCCGGAAGGUGCAAGUGAACAUACCGCUUCUCGAUGCAAUCAAACAAGUUCCAAAAUAUGCUAAAUUCCUCAAGGACCUAUGCAAUACAAAGAGAAGAAGGGCAAACAAAGAGGUAGUAAAGGUAAGCGAGAAUGUGUCCGCUGUUUUGCAACAUAAACUACCUACCAAGUGCAAAGACCCCGGUAGUUUCACGAUUCCUUGUGUGAUUGGACAUAAUCGUUUUGAACAUGCCAUGCUUGAUUUAGGUGCAUCCAUAAAUGUCAUGCCUUAUUCCAUUUAUGCAUCAAUGAACCUUGGUGAGUUAAAACAAGAUGGCGUUAUAAUUCAAUUGGCCGAUCGUUCUAACGCUUAUCCCAAGGGAGUCCUUGAGGAUGUUUUAGUGCAGGUCAAUCACCUUAUUUUCCCCGCAGAUUUCUAUGUUUUAGACAUGGAGGAUUCAAGCCAUGCUCCAUCAUUGCCAAUCUUGCUAGGCCGUCCCUUCAUGAAAACAGCAAGAACAAAGAUUGAUGUGUAUACGGGAACAUUGACCAUGGAGUUUGAUGGGGACAUUAUUCAUUUUAAUCUUUCUGAAACCAUUAAACAUCCAAUUGAGGACCAUUCUUGUUUUGCUAUUGAUAUUGUUGAUUAU